AUGAGCUUCGCGACCGAUGAAUACCAGUCCAAGAACGAUCCAGAUCUUCACAAUAUUCUGCUUCGAGUCAUAUCCAACCUUCCUUCCAGCGGGACGUUCGAUGAUGGCGAGUUCUCUUGGCUCCCCUUCCGGCGGGACAUCGACUUCAUCAGCCGCAACAGCCUCGACAGGGUACGCCAGAUCUGCACGAGACCAGCAGCUCGCGCGGCGCUUGUUGGCCUUGGAGGCGUUGGCAAGUCCCAAAUUGCCAUUGAAUAUGCCUACCUGGUGCAGGACGAGUCGCCGACAACGUGGGUGUUUUGGGUGCACGCAGAUACACGAGCGACGUUCGAGGAGGGCUAUCGCAAAAUCGUUCAAGUGACGAAGAUGGAUGGGUGGGACAACCCCAAAGCGGAUGUCCUCCAGCUCGUCCAAAGCUGGUUAUGCGACGAGUCGAACGGGCGGUGGGUGAUGAUUGUCGACAACGCUGACGAUUCGAACGUCCUCUUCCCUCCAUUCGACGAGGCGGAAGUGGCAGGAGCUAGCAAUCCGGAUCAAGCAGCAGAGCCGCUGUCAGACUUUCUACCACAAUCGCCCAACGGAUCGAUCCUCAUCACUUCUCGGAGCCGAGACGUGGCGCGCAGAUUGACGGGACGCGGAGAUCGCCUCGUGGAGGUCAAGCCGAUGGACAGUCGCGAAGCACUAGCUCUUCUCCAGAAGAAGCUCAGCAAUGCGAACGAGCACAACGCGACUGAACUGCUUAAAGCUCUCGACUACAUGCCCCUUGCUAUCACGCAGGCGGCGGCUCACAUCGAACAGAGAGCGCCGCGUAUGACUAUCUCGCGAUACAUAGACGAAAUUCACAGAAACGACCAUGACCGAGCCCGUCUACUUGCAAGGGACGUAGGAGACAACCGCAGGGACGGCAGAGCAUCUAACUCCAUCAUCGCCACCUUACAGGUCUCAUUCGAACAUAUCCGUAGAGGGAUGCCUACUGCCGCUCGACUACUCUCGCUGAUGAGACAUUCACACGCUGACAAACUAUUCCUUAAUUGGAUGAGUUUGGAUGGGCGCGAGUUUGAGAUGCACCGGCUGGUGCAGUUCUCGAUAAAGAAAUGGCUAGAGGUUUAUAAUGAACUAGAGGAGUGGAAGGAGGCAUACAUAACGCUCAUGGACGACAACGAUCCGGUGGGACGGUACAAGAACUGGGCGGUAUGUCAAGCGCUAUUUCCACAUGCACGAGCAGUGGUAGCUUGUCAGCCAGCUGGUGGACGGGCGGUCGAGGCGUGGGCGUCGGUUCUUUUCAAGGCGGCGUGGUAUGCAUACGAGAUGGGAAAGUACAAGGAGGCAGAAGAGAUGAGCCAAGGUGCACUCGAAGCAAGGGAGGCUGCUUUAGGGGCAGAGCAUCCAGACACGCUGGCGAGCAUGAACAACCUAGCGACAGGGAAGUGCAAGGAGGCAGAGAAUAUGGACCGAAAAGUGCUAGAGGCGAGAGAGAAGACGCUAGGGAGAGAGCAUCCUAGCACGCUAAUGAGCAUGAAUAACCUAGCAUUAGUGCUGCAAGAGCAGGGGAAGUACGAGCAGACAGAGGGGAUGAAUGGACAAGCGCUGGAGGGGUGGGAGAAGGUUUUAGGAAAAGAGCAUCCCGACACGCUAAUGAGCAUGAAUAACCUAGCGACAGUGCUGAAAGAGCAGGGGAAGUACCAGGAAGCAGAGAAAAUGAACCGACAAGCGCUAGAGAUGAGGAAGAAGGUGCUAGGGGAAGAGCAUCCUGACACACUAAGAAGCUUAAACAACCUAGCAUUAGUACUGCAAGAGCAGGGGAAGUACAAGCAGGCAGAGGAGAUGAAUAGACAAGUGCUGGAGGGGUGGGAGAAGGUUUUAGGGAAAGAGCAUCCCGACACGCUGAGGAGCGUCUACAACCUUGCGUACUUACUACACCAACUGCAGCAGUAUAAAGACGCUUCACCACUCUACCAGCGAGCAUGCGCAGGCCUGCAAGAAAAACUCGGGCUAGAUCAUCCGAUUACUCAAGGGUGUAUGAGCAAUUACUCGUUGCUUCAACGGCAAUGGACGCCAUAG